CCAUCCCUGACCAAUAUGGCGGACUUCCAAUCAGCGCCCUGUGUGGGCGGAACUUCCGGUUUGUGUUCCUUUGACGCAGAGCCGCCUGCCUCAGUGACUCCUGAUCAUCAGAAGCUUUUGAUCCGUUUCAAAGUCAGAAACUUUAAGGCUUCAGCUGAAAGCAGGAGGAGGAGCAGCAGGAGGAGGAGCAGCAGGAGGAGGAGGAGCAGGAGGAGGAGGAGCAGGAGGAGCAUGGAGGCUCCUCAGGUGAAGCCAGCAGAUGUUCAGCAGCUGAUGUCGGUGAAAGAAGAAGCUCCAGGAGACGAUCAGCAGGAACCGGAGCAGCUCCCCAUGGAGGAGGAGACCCAUCCCACCAGGUUCCCACUGAAUGUGGUCCUGAUGAAGAGCGAGGAUGAGGAAGAGAAGCCUCUGUUCUCACAGCUUCAUCAGCAGCAACCAGAAGAACGAGAUCUUCCAACCAGCAGCUCAGCGGACCUGAUGAAGGCUGAGACCGAUGAAGACGGUGGAUCCAACCGGAACUCUGACACCUCCAGCUCUUCAGAGACGGAGGUCAGCGAUGAAGAGGAGGAUGGAGGGAGUCAGCCAGACUCUCAGCUCCAACAUCUGUCAGCAUCUGGGUCUGAAACUGAAGGCAAUGAGAAGGACCUGAAGGAGAGCAGAUCUGCCGAGUCAGAAGGAGCAGAUGUCAGCGAGUCCCUGAGCUGCUCUGCCUGCAGCCAACAGUUCAGCAACAAGCGCCGCCUGCAGAGACACAUGGCGGCUCAUUCCGCAAAAACCUAUGCGCCUAAAUCUAAAGGUUUUAGGGAGAAGAAAGUCAAAAAAGAUUUCUUCUGUGAUAACUGUGGUAAAAGUUUUACUUUGAAAAACUCUUUAAAGCGACACCUGAGGAUCCACACUGGAGAAAAACCCUUCGGCUGUGAUGUCUGCGGGCAAAGAUUUAACCAAAAAUCUCACUUAAAAAUCCACAGGAGAAUCCACACCGGGGAGAAACCGUUUGUUUGUGACACCUGUGAACUAAGAUUUAAUCAGAAAUCUAGCUUGAAUUUACACAUGAGAAUCCACUCAGUGGAGAAACCGUUUAGCUGUGAUGGUUGUGAACAAAGAUUCAACAAAAAAUCAGAUCUAAACAAACACAAGAAAAGUCACAUGGAGGAAAAACCGUUUGGCUGUGAUGUCUGUGGGAAAAGAUUCAGUAGAAAGGCAGAUUUGAACAUGCACACAAGAGUCCACACAGGUGACAAACCGUUUGGUUGUGAUGUUUGUCGGCAAACUUUCAGCCUCAAGGCUAAUUUAAACAAACACAAGAGGAUCCACAGCGGAGACAAACCCUUUGGUUGUCUUUUCUGUGAACAAAGAUUUAACAGAAGGUCACAUCUAAACAUACACCUGAGGAUCCACACGGGGGAAAAACCGUUUGUCUGUGACGUUUGUGGACAAAGAUUUAGUGAUAAGUCUGCCGUAAACAAACACAUGAGAAUCCAUACAGGAGACAAACCCUUCAGUUGUGAUGUUUGUGGGAAAGGGUUUAAUCAAAAGUCAAGUUUAAACAAGCACAUCCGGAUUCACACUGGUGACAAACCAUUUAGUUGUGAUAUCUGUGGACAAAGAUUUAAUCAAAAGUCAACUUUAAGCAUCCACAUGAGGAUCCACACGGGAGACAAACCGUUUGGUUGUCACGUUUGUCGACAAAGAUUUAACCACAAGUCAAACCUAAACAAACACAUGAGGAUCCACAAAGGAGAAAAGCCCUAUGGUUGUCUCAUUUGUGGGAAAAGAUUUUACCAAAAGCCUCAUUUAAACAGACAUAUGAGAAUUCAUGUAGGAGAGGAAGUCGUCUAAAAGUGUUUGUCCUCAGCUACAGCGGAUAGGACUGCAGAGGGAGCAGUAAGGGUUAAACAUUAUCCCUAAGGGAUUGAACCCGCUGCAAUCAGCCUGGACUGAAGUAAAGACAGAAUAUUAGCAGUCUCUGUGAUCAGGUCUGUCUGAUUAGAGCUGGCAGGGGGGAAGGAGGGAGGAAGGAAGAGGAAGCGCGAUGCUUCCUAUCACUGGUGAAGAUUCUCAGUCAUCCAGGUCACAAACAGUUCAAAUCAAUCGACUGGACUUU